AUGAAUAAUAAUAAUCAUAACAAUCUUAAUAAAGAUUUCAAGAGUGCAAUUGUAAUUGUCCCCCCUCAAGAUUUAUUGGAUCAAGUACAAGCAAUUAGAAAGCAACAUGAUAAGUCAUACGAACGGUGGAUGCCUCAUAUCAACUUGAUCUUCCCAUUUGUAAAGAUAGAUCAAUUUGAAGAGAAACAUGAACAAUUACAGAGUGUAUUAUCAUACUUUUCAUCAUUCACAUUGGUAUUUAAAGAGUUUUCAAACUUUCAACAUGGAAAGUCUUCAGUGAUCUGGCUCAAGCCAGAGACGCCAGACCAACCCAAUGCAAUCAACCAACUCCAACGUAUAUUGGAAACGAAUCUCCCAGGGUUUGACGAACUUUCAAACAAGUCAGAGGCAGGCUUUUGCCCGCAUAUGACGGUAGGGCAGUCUGCAGCAGGCAAGCAAACCACCGACAAGAUUACACAGUUCCAAACAGACUUUAAGCCAAUUGAAUUCCAAGUUAAAGAGAUUUACCUCAUUCAUCGUGAUGGAGAAGUUCCCUUCACCAUUCGAAAGACAUUAAAAUUGGGUGGUAGUGAUUAA